GGAAAAUCUUUCCGGCUUUUAGCAUGAUGUCUUACCUCAAACAGCCCCCGUACGGCAUGAACGGGCUGGGGCUGGCCGGACCGGCGAUGGACCUGCUUCAUCCUUCGGUGGGAUACCCGGCCACCCCUCGGAAGCAGCGGCGGGAGCGUACCACCUUCACCCGCUCGCAGCUGGACGUGCUGGAGUCCCUCUUCGCCAAGACCCGCUACCCGGACAUCUUCAUGCGCGAGGAGGUGGCCCUCAAGAUCAACCUGCCGGAGUCCCGAGUCCAGGUGUGGUUCAAGAACCGGCGGGCCAAGUGCCGGCAGCAGCAGCAGAGCGGCGGCGGCGGCGCCAAGAGCCGGCCGGCCAAGAAGAAGGCGUCCCCGGCGCGGGAGAGCUCGGGCUCGGAGAGCAGCGGCCAGUUCACGCCGCCCGCCGCCGCCAGCUCGGCCUCGUCCUCCUCCUCCUCGUCGUCGUCCUCCAACUCCUCGGGUUCGGGGCCCGGCGGCGCCGGGCUGAGCACCCCGGGGGGCGGCGGCGGCGCGGGCCCGGCGCCCCCCGCCCCGCUGAGCGGCGCCCCCUCGGCCGCCGCCCCCUCGUCCAUCUGGAGCCCGGCGUCCAUCUCUCCGGGCUCCGGGGGCGAGCCGCUGGCGCCUGCGGGCUCCUCGUGCAUGCAGCGGGGGGCGGUGGCGGGGGCCUCGCCGGCCUCCUACCCCAUGGGCUACGGGCAGGGCGGGGGCUACGGGCAGGGCUACCCGGCGCCCCCCCCGCCCCCCUCCUCCUCCUACUUCGGGGGCGUGGACUGCGGCUCCUACCUGCCGGUGCACUCCCACCCCCACGCCCACCAGCUCGGCCCCAUGGCCCCCUCCCCCAUGGCCGGCGCCCACCACCCCCACGCCCCCCACCCGCUCGGCCAGGGCUCCGGCCACCACCACCACCACCACCACCACCACCACCAGCCGGGCUACGCGGGGGCCGGCCUGGCCUUCAACGCCGCCGACUGCCUGGACUACAAGGACCCCCCCGCCGCCGCCGCCCCCUCCUGGAAGCUCAACUUCAACUCCCCGGACUGCCUGGACUACAAGGACCAGGCCUCGUGGCGCUUCCAGGUCCUGUGA